UACAGUGCUGCUGCGGUCGGUCCGUGGGGGUGAUGGUGGGGUGACACCAAAUGACAUCAGAAUGUUUCUUGGAAUCAGUGUUCGAGGGGCUUGGCCCUCAAUUUAAAUAUUGAAAGUGAAAGGUGCAGCUUGAAGUUCAUGACUGAACGUGUCUCAAGAAGUCUUCGGUGAACUCACUGCAGGACAAUGGAACUACAGCAGCCCGGACAACAGUCUUAUGUUUGGUUAAUUACAACGAACCGGGAAACAUUGGUCAAUCUGAUAAGAAACACAGAGUGCUUACUUGAGAAUUUGGUCGACCAUGGAUAUUGUUCCACCGAAGAAUCAGAAAUUGUUCAGAAUUAUUCAACAACAGCAGACAAGGUUCGUCAGAUUAUUGAUCUGGUACAAUGUAAAGGAGAAGAAGUUGCUGAGUUUUUCAUACAUAUCCUUAAUAAAGUGCCAGAAGCCUACUAUGACCUGAACUCCUGGUUAACAGGAAUCAAUUUUCAACCGUCAGAACAAAUAAAGAAUUUACAAGUUACAAACAAUGACCCUGUUACUUUAUACAGCAAGAAGCUCAAACAAGAACUUUGUUGUGAUUCCAAUUUUGUAAAGUCUUACUCUCAGAGAGAAGAGAUGAAGCUCCAGGAGACUUAUGUUAAUAGUGUUAUGGAACUUGUUAAUGACAAAAAUGAAACCAUGGGACGAAUAAAUGAUGUAAAUUCCUUGUUCGAUGACACUGGUGUGAUCAAUGUAGAAGGAGGAACUAUAUUUAUCUAUGGGGAUGCUGGCAUGGGAAAGACACUUCUGAUCCAAAAAAUGCAAAAUAUGUGGGCGAAAGGAGAAUCUUUCUCUGAUGUUAAAUUUUUGUUUAGUUUUAGUUGUCGGAGAUUUAUCAUUUUUGAUGCAAACACUCAGCUCUCUCUGAAGGACUUGCUCUUCAGAUACAACUGCCACCCAGACCAUUAUCCAGAAGAAGUGUUUCAUUAUAUUUUGAGAUUUCCAGAAACUGUAAUGUUCACUUUUGAUGGCUUUGAUGAAAUGCACUCCAAUUUUGACUUAAACAACGUUCCAGAAGUUUCCUUACCUACAGACACUGCCCACCCUGCGGCCUUGUUUAUGCAUCUACUGAGUGGAAAAUUGUUGAAAGGAUCAAGAAAAGUCUUAACAGCAAGAACAGGUUGUCAGGUACCAAAGAAAUUUGUGCGGAAGAGAAUUAUGCUACGUGGUUUUGGGACAGAGAACCUGAAGGAGUAUACUAACUUAUUCUUUAGAGAACCCAGUGUUCAGAUGCAUGUAUUAAAUCACUUAGAAGCCAACCACAAUAUCAGCAGCUUAUGUUCCAUCCCAUUGUUUUGCUGGAUAAUAUUUAAGUGUUAUGAACAUUUUCACUCCAUAAAUGAGAGUCAUACUUUUUCCAGUAGUUCUGUAACACUUACAGAUAUAUUUUUACUCAUAAUUGAAGUUUAUUUGAACUCUUCUAACAGUGGAACCACCAGAAGUCAGGUUGACACUUACAAGAAGGGUAGGGAGACCUUGCAGUUGAUAGGAAAGCUUGCCUACAGUGGAAUGGACAAUUCAGCCUUUGUUUUCGACUAUGAUACCAUCACAUCUCUAAACAUCUCAGAGCAAUAUCUCAAAUUGGGAUUCCUCAGAACUGUGAAAAAUUACGAUGGAUGUGGUGGAAAUAGCUCUUUUGAAUUUUUUCAUGUGACACUUCAGUCAUUCUUUACUGCCUUAUUUCUUGUGAUUGACAGAGAAGCUGACACUACAGAGCUACUGAAGUAUUUCGGUCAUUGGGCACAGUCCCCACAACAGGAGCUUCAACUCAAUCUGAUGAUGUGUUUUUGUGCAAAGAAUGACAAUCAGAUUGAUUCUUUUUCAAAUAUUGAUCAUUUACAGUUCAUCAACCUCUUUCUUUGUGGGCUGCUUUCAAAACCAAAACAAGUUCUCCUUGAACAUCUAGUGCCACCUUCAGUCUUGAAAGUUAAAAGAAAAGCUCUCAAGCAACAGCUUUUCAGAAGUGUCAAAUUUCACUUAAAACACCUACCCCGGUCACGUUAUUUGGAAUAUAACCGUGUUCAUGCAUUGACUCACUUUAUCUGGAUGGCACGAUGUGUAUGUGAGACUCAGUGUGAGAAGGUGGGGAAAAAGGUAGCCAAAGGAAUAUGUGCAGAUUACAUUCAGCUAAGCUUCUGUGGGGCUUCUUCUUCUGAUUGUGGUGCCAUCUCCUUUCUUCUGAAUCUGUACAAGAAAGAAAUUGCUUUGGAGUUGGACAAUAACAAUAUCAAUGAUUAUGGAGUAAAAGAGCUUAUACCAUGCUUCAGAAAACUCACAGUGGUUAGAUUAAGUGUAAACCAGAUCACAGAUGAAGGUGUCAAAGUCUUGGCUGAAGAGGUAACCAAGUAUAGGAUCAUCAAAUUUCUUGGAUUGUACAAAAAUCGAAUAACAGACUUUGGAGCCAAAUAUGUGGCACAAAUCAUUCGAGAAUGCCCCUUGUUACACCACGUGAUGUUGGGGUACAAUAAGUUUACUGGUGUGGGUGGAAGACAAAUUGCAGAAGCUUUACAAACCAGCACCCACAUUUAUGAAGUGGGGAUGUGGGGAAAUCACAUUGGUGACGAAGGUGCACAGGCAUUUGCGGAAACAAUAAGAAAUCAUCCCUGCCUGGAAAUUCUCAGUUUGGCCUGCAAUGGGAUAACCUCAGUUGGAGGUAGAUGCAUUGCUGAUGCAUUACAACACAACACAUCAAUCAAAACAUUAUGGUUGACAGAAAACAACAUCACAGAUGAAGCAACCGAGAGCUUUGCUGAAAUGCUGAAAGUGAAUAAGACUCUUAAAACCCUGUGGCUAAAUAAUAACCACAUCACCAACAUGGGAGCCAACAUAAUGGCAGAAGCCCUAGAUCAUAACACUGUUUUGGAGGACCUUAGUUUACAUAAAAACCCUCUCACCCUUGAUGAGAAGGAACCUUUUCAUAUGACGUCAAGGAUUAGAACCUGAUUCCAGAAUAAAAAAAAACUGAAGAUCAAGAGGAACAGAGGAAACUACAAGCACUGGGUCCUGUUACACGUUACUGGUCAUGGCAAUAUGCUAUGCAUAUUACUUAUUAUGACAUAUUACUAUGUUACAUUCUCAACACUGUGAAAGCCAUUUACAAUCUAUACAUUUUAUGUUUAAACACAAAUUUCUUAUUUCUAAAGAAUAUUAAGUAAAUACCUACAGCGCAUAACAUGUUAAAUAAUAGAUGAUAAUUUCCUAGGAAAUCAAAGGGUUUCAUGUAUAAAUAAGAGUGUACUUGUAUACAGUUCAUGGUUUUUCAGCACGCAAAACAUAUACUCCCGAAAAAGCUUAUACGAUGUUCACAGAGACUGCAAGUGAUGGAGGAUCAGAAUUUGUUCUGUCAUGAUCCUCUAGCUCAAGUGAUAAUGAUAAACCUCCUCAGAUGCGGCAGGAGCAUGAGGGUACGGCCACAUGGUCAGGCUUCCUAAUGCAGUUUUGGAAGCCAGAAUCAGAAUUUUUGAAUUCACAGUAUUGUGUAUCAUGUAUUAUAGCCAGCAUGUUAGGGGCACUUUGAGGUUUUCUGCAUAAAGGGAUGAGAAAAUUACAGAUAACAUACAGAUAAAUUAUUUUGGUGUAGUUUUAAAAAUGGGGUCACUACUGGGGGUUUGCCAUCUUUCUGUAGGUUUAGAGCUUCUUCAAGCAUCAACCAAUCAUGCAAAAAUUGGGCCCCAAAAGUAUUACACUGCUCCUUCAUUUCCAGGCAAUGCCACGUGUACAGACAGCAGAUUUAAGGAACACUGGAGGUACUUCAGAACUUAGAAAUAUCUUGAUAAAAUUGGAAGUGCCUUUCUUCACUCAAAAAUAUACCUUCUAAAUUAGGGCAUUUGUGACAAAACAAAAAAAAUGUAAUUUUACACUUUUGAGGCCUGAUUUGCACUAAUUUCAGCAGAAAAAGGGCCAAAAUAUUCAUUAUAGGGCAUGAAGACAUAGGAAACCCCAAUGUUGACAACACCAGUGUGUACAUAAAAUGCAUACAUUGAUAUAAUACAGGUGAUGCUUACUAUUACAUUACAUCAUUAGCUUAAAGGGGUUGUCUCAUCACAGACAAUGGGGGCAUAUCGCUAGGAUAUGCCCCUAUUGCCUUAUAGGUGUGGUCCCACCACUGGGCCCUGCUAGGUGGUGGUUGGAGUACUCCGGUCCGGCCACCACUAAGCACGCUCCCUAUAAAAGUGAGCAUGACCGGCCACCGCUCCCAUUCACUUCUAUGGGCCCAACUGAAAUAGUCGAGCCAGCACUCGGCUAUUUUCCGCUGCCCCAUAGAAAAUCAAUGGA